ACAUAAUAGUAUGACUUUUUUUAACAAAAUACAAUGCUUAUCACGCCCGCGAGUCCAUGCUGCAGCAUAGCCGGAUUACUCCUCUCCCGGCAGUUUCUUCGAAUAACCAAAACACCAUCACUCACAAACUCUAAUACCCGUACAACCAUUUCAACCGUUCCCACGAAGGCGAGAGCUUCCAAGCCGUCGUUACGGUGCGGUGCUCGGAGAAGGGUGAGAGACGACGGAGAAGAUGAGGACGAAUCUUACGGAUACAACGAGGAGAUAGCGAUGCUGGAGACUUAUAGCCAGUCGUGUAGAGAAGAAGCGCUCAUCGUGACGGCCACUGUUGACGGUGAAGAGGUCGAAGUUCUCAUCUUUAAAGGAUUCUCUUCGUGUCUGAGCGGAGAGACGGCGGUGGACCCCGCGAGGAGUGUGCUACCGGAGAGAGCAGUGAUUACAAAGAUAGAUAGAGUGAGAGGUCCUUUUGAUCCUUCAGAGAUUCAUUACAUUCAGAAAGGACUCUCUUUUGAAGCCUUUAAGGAGACGAUGAUCACGUUCAAGUAGUACACUAUUUAUUGAGAGUGUUAUGGUUAAUGAAUGUUGUGUUUGGAUUAAUAAAGAAUGCUAAUUUAAGUGAA